AUGUUCUAUCGUUUUUCUCGGCCACUUUGCCAUUCGGUCAUGCCGCGCCCAGUCCCUCUGCCUGCUGCGCUCUGGCUGGCGCUGGUUCUGGUCGUUUUAGCGUUUCCUCCGCCCAAUCCCUCUCGCAUUCCGUUGCUGGUCUCGGCCACAGCCAAGGCCGACGGUACCGUUUGGCGACAAAUGGGCCCUCGAGGCGGCGUCUUUCCACACCCGAGCGGACAACGUCGAAUCAGUCUGCCAGGCUUGGUCGAGGAGGCCAACCGUUUGAUGUCCAACUCGCUGGCGGCCAGUUCGUCGUCGGAAGCCGGCACGCUUGGCCGCAGGUUGGGGUUGCGCAGGCAACUGGAGCGGCUGAACGAUCCAAGUCGGACAGAAGUGAACAGUCUGGUCCAGAUGAAGGGUCCCAACGAGCAAACGGUAAUCCUGCUGCCGGAGAGCCUGUUGCGCGAAGGACUCAGCCCGGACGAUGUGACCGACCUGCUUCGAGAGGUUGCUAGGGCCGAGAAGGACUCGUCGUCUGGACAGAUGUGGCAACAAGCACGAGGCCAACAGCCUUGGACACAUCAACGCCAACGACCGCAGCUGCAGACCACGAGCCUGCAGCGACAUGUGCCCGUCUCGUCCGUCGGCUGGCCAACGGAUGGACGAAGGUCACGCUCCGAGUCCCACUCGCCCAUGCAGUGGUCUCGCGUUGCCAAUAGGCCCCAGGUCAGACUCAUGACCUCUGCUGGCUCACCGUCGAAUGACUGGCGUCGUGUCAACUUCCCCAACCAGCGGCAUGGAUACGGUCGAGGCGAGAAUGCUGAGAGAGGAGGAGAAAAGCGUCGUGAAAAUCCUGAAUUCCUUCAACUCAUUCUUGGCAGGCCUGUACUGUUUGGCCAGAAUAAAUUCAAUCGGCAAGCGCAACAAUAG